AGUCAUCUGGUUGAGAUAUAAAGGUCGCGAAACUUAGACACCUUUCAGUGUUCGUUUAUCGUCAACAACUAAAGGUCAUCUAAUAAACAUGAAAGUGAUAGUAGCUCUAUGCCUGCUGGUGAGCAUUGCACUGGCAGCACCGCCUCCAGUAUACAGAGGUACAGAUAGCCAAAAUGCUGAUAUUUUGCGAUUUGAAAACGACAACACCGGCACUGGCUCCUACAAUUACGCAUACGAACAAACAGAUGGCACGAAACAGGAGCAAGAAGGUAAAUUAGUGAACGUUGGACUCGAAGACGAACAUCUUGUCGUCAAGGGUAGAUUCACUUUCAUUGGAGACGAUGGUGUUACUUACGUGGUGACGUACAUCGCUGAUGAGAACGGAUACCAGCCCGAAAUCGAACAGGGACCAGGAGGCGCUGUCCCCGACGCCGUUGUCGCUUCUCUCCUCGGUUAAAUACGUAAAUACUUGUUAAAUUGUUAUUAAAAUCUAAAUUAAGAA